AUGGAACUUCAGCGGCCUAUCCGACAACCAAAAGCAAGCAACCUCCAAUCUUACGCAGAUCUCACGCUCUCGAUGUUCCGCGUCCCCUGCCCGUCACACAUCGGCAGCAUCGUCUCCAUCUCCACCACCAACGACACCGCCCGGCUCGGGCCCUGCAUCCACCCCUUCGACGCGUCCCGCGCGCCUGCGGUCUUCGAGCGCAUCGAGGACUACUUCGGGUGGCUUCUCCAAAAGAAGCGCACGCUCAUGUCCGCCUCCGUCGCACGAGUGCAUGCAGACAAUGACGGUUCCGCCGUGACCGUUCUGAGGACAAGGCUGGCUGAAACGAAGGCGGACCGCGAGCUGGCGAAGAUCCGCCGCGCGUUCGCGCGUCUCGAGGUGCACCUCGCGGAGGCGAUCCGGAACCUCGAUGCACCCCUCCUGCGGUGCGUGCCCGUGAACGAGGACCUCAGCCCGCGCAACGUCUGUAUGGACGCGGAGGGGCAGAUCUCCGAUGUUGUGGAUUGGAGCGCGCAUGUCGUGAAGCCUGCGAUAUUGGCGGCAGCCUACCCCAGCUGGCUGAGCUACCCGGAUCGUGAGCACCCUCAAUUGAACGCGAGGGACGGGAGGUACAUGGAGAGCCCGGAGGAGGCGGAGCGGCUAUGCAUGUGGCUCGACCUUAUACUGCUGCAACGAGAUGUGGAGUAUUACAACGCGCUGAAGGAGGGGGUCUUCAUGCGGAAGGCGGAGGCGUGGUUGAAAGACCCGAAGUCGGACUUGGAGCAGUUGCAGGCUGUGAUGAGCCAUGCGGUCGUCAACAUGGUUUGA